UCUCUCUCACUCUCUCUCUCUCUCUCCCUGUGUUUUACUUUGUUGACAGCCCUGCUAGGGGCCUUUUGUUACCUCUCCAGCCAAUGAAAGCAUUUUACGACAGAGAACAGUUGGGAUAUAAAAAGAAGGAGUCCCUGUGCCUAGUACAUGAUCCUUGGUUGCCUACCCCUCCCCUAUAAAGACCUGCACAAGGCAGCUGUCCUCUCUGCAGCAGCACCAGCAGCACUCUAGGCAUCCUGGGCGCCCAGCUAUGCUGUCUCAGCGCUACCCACUCUUCUUCUGCAUGCUGGUCCUGUCCCUGGAGUUUUCCAAGAGCCGAGGAGAGUCUAUGAUGGAGAAAGGAGCCCUGCAGGUGGAGACCUCACUGGGAGAAAGUGAGGAGCAGGACUGCCCGGUGUGUAUGUGGAGGAAGCACAGCAAGGAGAUGAGGCUGGAGAGCAUCAAGUCCCAGAUCCUCAGCAAACUCAGGCUAAAGGAGGCCCCUAACAUCACCAGGGAGGUGGUGAACCAGCUGCUGCCCAAGGCUCCCCCACUACAGCAGAUCCUGGACCAGCACGAGUUUCAGGGAGACUCCUUCCAGCAUAAUGCUUUCGUGGAAGAGGAUGAGUAUCAUGCCACCACGGAGACUGUCAUCAGCAUGGCACAGGAAACUGACCCAGUGGUGAGAUUGGAUGGAAACCCUCACUGCUGCUAUUUUAACUUUAGCCCCAAAAUUAUGUUUACCAAGGUUGUAAAAGCCCAACUAUGGGUUUACCUGCGACCAGUGCAGCACACCUCCACAGUCUACCUGCAGAUCCUGCGCCUGAAGCCUGUAACAGAAGAAGGCAGCAAGCAUAUUCGCAUUAGAUCUUUAAAAAUUGACUUACAUUCACGUACAGGCCAUUGGCAAAGUAUUGAUUUCAAGCAUGUGUUACAAAACUGGUUCAAGCAGCCUAACAACAACUGGGGCAUUGAGAUUAAUGCCUUUGAUCCCAAUGGAAAUGAUCUUGCUGUCACUUCGCUUGGACCUGGUGCAGAAGGCCUGCACCCUUUUAUGGAAUUGCGUGUUAUGGAGAACAACAAGCGAUCAAGGCGGAACUUGGGCCUUGACUGUGAUGAGCACUCUACUGAGUCACGUUGCUGUCGCUACCCACUUACAGUGGACUUUGAGGCCUUUGGCUGGGACUGGAUUAUUGCUCCCAAACGCUAUAAAGCCAACUACUGUUCCGGCCAGUGCGAAUACAUGUUCAUGCAAAAGUACCCCCACACUCAUCUGGUCCAACAAGCAAAUCCACGGGGGUCUGCCGGUCCAUGCUGUACCCCUACCAAAAUGUCACCCAUUAAUAUGCUAUAUUUUAAUGACAAACAACAAAUUAUUUAUGGCAAGAUCCCUGGAAUGGUGGUAGAUCGUUGUGGAUGCUCUUAAGACUUUGGCUCUCUGUCCUCUAUCUACUCAUAUUCAACUCUUUUCUUUCUCUCAAGGGUACAAGCAGACCAAAAUUGGUAUUGGGGAUAGUGCAGUAUUCAUGCUAUCAACCCCUUUAUCCAAACCUAGUUAAAACGCUAGAGAUUUGACACUUGUAUGUCUUAUUUCUGCAUCUAGUUAAGCUCUUGCAGUGACUGCCAUUGUCUUUACACCUGGCCAAUGUGGCACCUCAGUGUUUUGGCCUUUUCUUAUUUGACUAUGAUGAAACAAAGCUAGCGGAAGCUCAAAUCACGAUGUGUCAUGUUGUACUAGAUGAAAGAGACCUGCUAUUGUUUGGGCAGCUUACAGUGAAAGCUAAUCUUUUUCAUUGUGCAAAGCUGCAAAUGUAUUGGGUAUGAAGGGGAUAUAUUCACUUCUAAGAUUUUUUUAAAUCAUUUUUUGCAAGUUGUUGGUUGCAAACUGGGGCCAAAAAGAUCUGUUUUGCACUUGACAACUGCCUAUUAAAUUAUACAUGUUUUACAAACUGGUCUUCUCGAAAGUGCAUUGCAUGGAUUGCUUUGUGCUUCACAUUCUAUUCACUCAUACAUUACUGCCCAAAAAUCACUGGAAAUUCCCUCCUACCUUUAAUCUUUUGCAACUAUCCCCUUAAAGGGAGACUCCAGAAGAAUAUCCUCUGGAGGUUGCCUCUAUCUACUGCUCUGUGCAAUACAAAAUGCAAAGCAUAAGUUAAAUAAAGAAAUCCUUGUAAGUUUCCACUUUUGGCUAAUCAUGUAACAUCAUUGUCCUUUCCUCAGUCAUAUGCCACACAUAGCAUAUGUACCAGGAAUCCUGUUUGAAAACCGUCGGCAAGGGUCUGGAUCCACAAUCAAUAGGGGAAACUUAAAACUUGAAAAUAUAAUUUACUAGGAAGAUACUUUCCCCAAAUAUGUUUAGUGUUUAGCCUAGAUUUCCUUCUUAUAGCAGUCCAGUAAGUAUGAAAUCACAAGGAAUCACAGUGUUAAUCCUUCUCAGGGAUUGGGCUAACAUCAGAUUUGAGUGAAGUUCCUAUUUAUCAUGUUUAUUUUUAUUUGGUUCACAUCAUGAGUGUAUGAUGUAGAGACCAGUUGACUUCAACUCAUUUCCAUUUGCAGUCUAUCGUAAAAAGGUAGCUUGCCCACUUUGUUAUUUUAAUUAAUUUGCACUCAUCAACAGUUAGAAUUCUCUGUGGUUUUGUUGUAUAUCUAACGUUAUCAAAUAGGGCUCCCAAUAAAGGAUAAACUAAGGCCCCCAUAUUUCCUUAAGUCACUCAAAACUUUUAUGUUGUGUUAAGACAUAAUGUUCUAGAUACCCAUUCAAAUUUGCACUUCUAAUGUUGGUAUUUUAGGACACUGUGGGAAAACAGUCAUUCCUUUUAAGUGAUGCGUGGCAUUAAGUGAUACUGGCUUGAGAGGAAAUGGGAGCUGUUCACAUAUCAACCACUGUUCUUAGCUACAAUGAGAGUAUAUUGUAAUUUUAACUUCAGUGCCUCAGUCCUUAAUUCCCCUUCAAAUAGACUUAUAGUCUAAACCCUAUAAUAUAUUUAGAUGCUGCAACAUUCCCCCCCCCCCCCCCCCCCCAAAUGUAAUAGCUUUAAAUCAUGGUGACAUUUCAAAUAUUUACUUACAAUAGAUAAGUCAAUGUACAAUAAGCUCCAGAAACUUUUACCACAAGUUUGGUACAUUUGCAGUGCCCAGAAAACAUGAUGAAAGCCUAAAUAAUUCUAUUUUUAAGCUUUUUACAACCAUCUGUUUGUAGAACAUUUUAGACUUAGAUGAACAAAAUUCACUGCAAAUCUAAUAUCAGCAAUAAUAGUAGUUAUUUGGAAUAAUAGCUUGGGCAGAAGAGAUAUACUUCAUUGUAUUUCAUACUUCAAAAAUUUAGAGGAAAAUCACGGACUAUAGGUUUAGUUUAUUUUUUAAGACAUCUAUUUUGGAUAUUUCAUCAGCAUCGGGGGUCCAAAGGAUCUCUUUUUUUAUUUUUAUUUCAUUUUUUUUUGGGUGGUCAAUGGCACCAUUUGCACUAUAGAAGGUCUUUGGACCAGUGGAAGAAGAGGUGCCAUUUUUUUUGUUCCUGUUUAGUCUCCAACAGGCUCCAGACUUGAAGGGACAGGUUGUCCAGAUGCUGUAAAUUCUUUUAUAGGAGGCAUUGCACUGUAAGCACCCACAUGCAUCAGAAUUGUACAUCCAGGACUACUAGAGGUAGUCCCUUCCAAGCUGGGACUGUCCAUCAUGUAUAUGUGUAUGUUUACCUGUGUGAGUGGGAACAGUUUGUAGCAGGUAUGUAUAGAGUUGAAAAAGAAGGUUGUUUUCUGUUGGAAGGUGAUUGCCUGCCAUUAGAGCAGCAAGAGAACAAAACUAAUGCCUACUUUAGGGGUGACAAUAUCCUUAUGCCAAAUGCUAAUUAAGCCCUGUGUUGCUGUGCAAGCCUCCACAAACUUUAAUGGACUUUAUCUGUUACAAACUUGAUUUGACUAUUUGUAAUAACUGAACAGUUGUUUGCAGCUUCAAGCUUUGAGUUACAAUAUAACCAUUAUUGCUAUCAUUACCUGAUGUUCUCGUAACUACAUGCUAAAGCACACACCAUUUACUGCACUCGCAUUUGGCGGCUGGAUACUUUAACAAAAGGAUUUUCUGUGAGCUCUUUGAAAAGAAGAAGGAUUAUUCUUUUCUGUGUUCACCUGCCAAAAUGACACUGCCCAAAUGUGACUGUCAUUUGACAAUGACAGAUAUUCUGAUGAAGAAACCUGUGCUUACCAGUGGGACAUGAGAUCUUUUGCCUUAUCAAAUGUUUAAAAAUGUAUGUAUGAUUUGAGGACACACAUAUCUCCCAAGCAAACUUGUGCCUGAGAGAUGAGCAGACAUAUUCUUACAUAAGGUUCAUGGUUUGUCUGUAUUGGGAAGAAAUGUUUUAUGUCUGUUGUUACUCCUUUGUUCUGAAGCUCAUCCGUAAAUGGAGGAAACUUGGUGCUGUAACUUAUAUUUCUGUAAACAUGUCUCUUUUCCACACGAAUAUUGUCUCAAAUCUGUAUAUAAUUUAAUACAAUGUUUAACUAAUAUAAUUUGUGCCAAGGACAAAUUGUGGAAUCUCCCCAUCGUCACUGUUCAUUUUCAUGUAGCAGUCCAAUAAAAUUAUGACAGCUUACUUUUGCAUAUGGCAAGGGAAACAUGAGUUGGUUACAAAUGUUUCUAAGACAUAGUGAAAAUGCACUGAAAUAUUCUUUUUAGUUGACCACCAAAAAUUGCAUUUUAAAAUGGUCUUCUGUUCCUCUCCAUAAUAUAGUAUGCAUAAUACAGUAUAUGGUGGAACCUAAAAUCUGUCACAAAAAAUCUGGUCUAAAUAGAAUGGGGGGUUUCUCAAAGAGAUGGUCCACUGGAGGGGUUUCACUGUAACUUACUGGUUAUUCCAUAUGGAUUACACCAGUGGUUCAAUAGGUUAUUCUUUUACUAAUAGUUAUGCAUAGAGACUCUUUAUAUACUUCUUAUAGAUAAAAACCUCUUUUUCUAUAUUACUGUAUAAUACUAUUAGAGAUGAUAUAUCUAAAUCAUGUUCAAGCCUAGGCUGGCUAUGCAUCAGUUCACUCAAUUUUCCAAAGACAUGGUUGGUCUAGGAGUAUUUGCCCAAUAUAAGGAGAUCAGAAUUAAAGGGGUUAUCCGGGAAAAGAAAAACAGAGCGACUUUCUUUCAAAAAACGCUCCCUGGCUGUCUCCAG